GCGACCAACGGGACCCUCGGAUUUUGGGGUGUCACACCCGAUUUUAGGGGCGUCACAAAAAUUCCUGGUAGUACAUCUCUGGGGCCAAGAAUCUCAAACAAACGGUGUUGUAUUCCCAAAGAAAACUCCAAGUCCCCAACCAUCCUCAUUUGUAUCUCCCUCAUUUCAACAAUGUCAGACUCUAGGCCUCCCACCCUCUCUUCUAGCCAGGCCACUCUUUGUGGAAUGAUAGCUCUAGAAGUCGGUGGAGGACAAGCAGCCGCAACAAUCGAUGAUGUCGGCUGCUGUGAAAACCUAAGCACCUCAGGGCUCUAG